AUGCACCUUUGCGGUGACUCAAAACGAUCUGCCCGGCUGGCGUUCCAGGCCGAGAACAGGCACGGUAUUAACGAUCGCUUACCGAGUGAGUCGAGGGAGCACAUUACAAAGUUUCGCGCCGAAGGGCGCGUGGCUUUGGGGUACGCGGACCGCCGCCGAGACGGUGAAGAAGAUGAACCGACAAUCCGGCCAACAUCAAGCUGA